GGGGACGUCUGCAGAGCUGAACCUACCCAUGCUCCUCUGUAUGGAGAAUCGCAUGCUCGUCUGUUUGACUGCGCCCGGGCUGUGAGGCUUUUAUUGACACAAUCAACAAGCACACGAGUCCCAGUUACUGAUUACAAGUGAUUUUAUAAUUUUUUUGGUCUGAUAAGAGUUGGGCUUUAAGCACAAAGUCCUACGGGGUUCAGCGAGCUUUCAGCUGGGAUCUUCAUAGUGCCGAACCUCUGUGGCAUAAAGGACUUUUUUUUUGCAUUUUCUGGCGCACAGCAGCAUCAUGAGUGUGGAGCCCCAAAAGCCCCGUCAGGCAUGCUGCUCCAAGCUCAAGCUCUUUUUAGUUUCUUUGGCUUUUGCAUAUUUUGCCAAGGCCUUUGGGGGAUCCUAUAUGAAGAGCUCUAUAACCCAAAUUGAGAGACGCUUCGACAUCCCCAGCUCCCUGACUGGGGUCAUAGAUGGGGGCUUUGAAAUGGGCAACUUGUUGGUCAUUGCCUUUGUGAGCUAUUUUGGCGCUAAACUCCACCGACCCAGGCUGAUUGGGAUUGGCUGUUUAUUAAUGGCCACCGGAUCUUUCCUCACGGCACUUCCCCAUUUCUUUCAGGGACGGUACAAAUAUGAAACCAGCAUGUCUCACAACAGCCAGGUCAACAGUACAGCAAACACCCUACCUUGUCUGUCCAACCAAAGCUUGGCAGAGCAAGACAAAGCACCAGAUUUAGAACAAAUGAGAGAUUGUGAGAAGGCGGCAGGCUCGUCCAUGUGGAUCUAUGUGUUCCUGGGAAACAUGUUGCGAGGAAUUGGAGAGACUCCGGUCAUGCCGCUGGGCAUUUCUUAUAUGGAUGACUUCUCCAAAGAGGAGAACACUCCUUUCUAUUUGGCCUGUAUCCAUACAGUGGGAAUCUUGGGUCCAAUGGUGGGAUUCAUGAUGGGAUCCUUCUUAGCCAAAAUCUAUGUGGACAUUGGAUUUACUGACUUAGAAACCAUCACCAUCACGCAUCGGGACUCUCGCUGGGUGGGCGCCUGGUGGCUCGGCUUCAUCGUGUCUGGCACGGUGAUGCUGUUGGCCAGCAUCCCGUUCUUUUUCCUGUCCAAAACUUUGCCUAAAGAAGGCGAAGAGGAGAACAAAAGCACCGAGCUGACAGCCCUGGCCGAGCAGGAGAACUUCCUGCCUGAGGAGGCCAUAGGCGCGGAGGAGAAGGAGAAGCCGGUGACAUUUAAGGAAAUGGUCAAAGACUUUGUUCCGUCCUUGAGGCGACUCUUCAAGAACAGCAUCUUCUCGUUGAUGAUCCUCACUAACCUUGUGGCAGUCAACGGUUUCAUCGGGAUGAUCACCUUCAAGCCGAAGUUCAUGGAACAGACCUAUGGCCAAUCAGCAUCCAGGGCCAUUUUCCUCAUAGGUAUGAAGCAAAGCCCCCAUUUACUACCCUAUUGCCCCUGAGUUUGCUGUGAGCCUCAGAAACAAUCAUAUUAUUACAGGGAAGUCUGAUUGUGUGCGAUAACAG